CCGGCGCGCGGCUAUGCGUAGUCUGCCAGCGCACAAUCUGUCUGUUGGAGAGAGUGUCUAGUAUGUAUGUGUGUGACGAUGGCACCUCCAUUAUCACUCGCCUGUGUGUAUACGUGUCACUGUCGUGUAUAAAACCAAUCCCGGGUGACUGGCAAGCUCCCACAAGUUUUGCAACCGGCAUCGCAAGCGGAUCGUACGCGAAAGUGAUCACACACAAGUGCACUGUGAUUUCAUUAGUCGUUUCGGUUUCCAAGCAGAGACAACGGGACAGACAAUUUCUUGACGUUUAUAGGGGGUCUUCCAAUGGACAGUGCAAAGCAAUCCGUGCUUUGAAGUGUGACCAGUACUUCCCAAGCCAGCUGAAGCUGACACACUCGGAAGUCGUUUGUGAAGUGAGGCGAUCGUAAAGGGAGUGGUUUUACGCGGGGGCACAACAAGGACCUUUGUUAAAGUGGUGCCUGCCAUCAUGCUGUGCGUACAGCCCACCGAUCAUGUCGCUGGUAGAAAGGGACUGAUCUACAAGCUGGCACACGCCUGCCACAUUCGGGAGUGGAAAAAUAAAUGCGGCAUGCGUCGCCCAUCACUGGGACAGAAUGAAGACGACCUUAGUCGUCUGACAACGAUCAUCUCCCCGACCAGUAUCAGCCUAUCGUCGAACGGUCAGUCCGACCCGGUGGUGGUAGUGGAUCAUCACGAUGUCGUUAGCUGCGGUCGAGCGAAAGCGCACAGCACCAGUAGCAAUAGCAGCAGCAGUAGCAGCAGCAGCAGUAGCAGCAGCGGCAGCAACAGCAGCAGCACCAGCAUCAGCCAUGGCGCAGGCAACACAACUAGCAACAGUAGCAGCAACUGCCCGGCAAGCAACAACAGUGUCAGUGGCCCGGCCGGCCGCGGCAGUGUUGAUGGGGGAAGCAGCACGACAAGCAACAGCAGCAAUGGCAUCAACACCAGCACCAGCACCAGCAGCGAUGGGGUGAAAGUGAUCGCUACCAGCAAGGGCAAAGGUGAAUGCGAUGAUCGCGGUACGGCGGGUGGUCAUGGUGGUGGUCGGGACGAGCUGUCCGAAGCUCUACCACCACCCACGGUGCUCGUGAACCAGUAUCUACCGAAUCUGAUCAAUUCGUCCGAGUGGCAAAACUGCCGCAAGCGCAAGGAGCGCCAGGACAGUACGUCCUCCAUCAGCCAGGACCGGAAGCUGAUCCGCUCGAACAGCGAGGAGCAUCUGCCGAACUGUCAGGAGGUGAUCAGGCGCGUCUCGUCGCACGAGGACUUUAAGAAGCGGUCGGCGGCAGCCGCCGUCGUGUCGGUGGAGAUUUCCAUCGACAAGGAGAACGUCAUCGCGGAGGAACCGCUCGAGGGCGUGGAUGAGCAGCAGAAGCAGGUGUUCGAGAAGAAUCUGAAAAACAGUGCGGAUGAUUUGAAGAAAUUCUUCAUCGGCAGCGUGGAGAGCGUCGGGGGCAAGGAGCAUCAUCAUCACCACCACCAUUCCGGCCAUCUCGCGCACAACAACCAUCACAACCACCAUCACGGUAACCAUGUGUACCAUCAUCUCGGUGGCCACCACCAUCAUCUGCAUCAUGCUGGCGGGAAGUCACAGCCGUCCCACCAUCGGCUGUCACCGUGCCGGGAUAUACUGAAGUCGCGGCGCGACUCGGACAGCGAGCAGGACGGUGAGCACGAGCGGCGGCGGCACUGUGAGCGGUUUUCGAAGACGCGCCCGCCGCCCGGCAGGAAGUCGGUGUCGCCUCGUGCGCGCAACAGCUCCAAGCACUCGAAGCUCGCCGUGAAGGCGGCAAGCGUGGGCGUGGGAGCCGUUUUGCUCGCCGGAAAUGAGCACUUCUACUCCAAGCAUGACACGCACCCGAGCGGUGGCGGCAAGUCGGAACGGCGCAUCCGUUCCAGCAGCAAGCAUCGAGAGCAGCAGCAGAAAGUGUUGCAGGACGAUACGGUGAUGGAUGACGGUGUAGUGCCGCUGUCCGACUACAACGACAACAACGUGCUGGAAAAGAACCACGCGGUCGAGGAAGCGACGAAACUCAUCGACAAUGAGGAGGAGGAGGAGGUCCAACCGGAGGAACCACUUUCGCCGCGCGAAAAGCUCCCGUGGGGACAGACGUACCCGGACGAUACGCCGGCCCUCGUCUGUCAGCGCUUUGCGGACGAUAACUUUGAGUACGCCAAGCGUAUGGAUUCGGUAUCGCACGCCAAGCUGCGGCCAGUCUCUUCCGGCAACUCACUCAAGCUGUACGGUGCUCAUCACCGCAGCGCGGAAAAUGCGCCACCCUCGACGAUCCACCACCAUCACCACCAUCACCAGAAGGCAACGCCGGCCGCGAACAAUAUGUUUGACGAGCGCGUGAAGGCGAUCAACCGGAAGCUCGGCGGGCUGAAGAAGAAGCUGUCGCAGUUCGAGGACCGGUUCGAGCUGGAGCACGGCUACCGGCCGACGCACGGCGACAAGUCGGCGGACGCGCCGACCAAAAGCAUCCUGGUGGAGAUACACAAGCUGCGCAAGGAGAAGAAUCAAAUCAAAGCCGAUCUGGCCGUCUUUUCGGCGAAAGUGGCGGCGGCGGCGGCGACGACGACGGCAACGACCGGCCAAAAGCAACAGGCCGCCACCGGUGACGGUGGGCUGAGCGAGGACGAGACGGCGACGGAGAAGCGGCUGGCCAAGAUGAAGGAUACGAUCGCUGACAUUGAAAAGCGCCUCUCGGAGAAACGCGACACGGAGCAACGGAGCGAAAAUCUGGAGCUGCUGUCGAACGAGCAGCUGACGGAGGAGAAAGCCUCCGUCCAGCGUGCCCUGCUGUACCUCGAGUCGAUGUACGGUCGACCGGCGAGCCGCGAGGAGCGUGACGCGGCCCGACCCCUGUACGACCGCUACCGGCUGAUCAAGCGGCUGGUGAACCGUGCCAACUCGAUCAGUGGCCCGUGCGGUGUGGCCAACUCGCAGAUGCCAACCAUACUCGAGCACGAGGCGCUCGCGAUCGUCGGCACCACGACACCGUCCACCGAUAUCUCGCCGCCGUCGGCCACCUCCAUGCUGCAGUCGCCCACGGACACGAUGACCACGCCGAGCAGUAGCAGCAGCAUCUCCACAUCCAACCAGCUGCCGGCGGCAGACGAUUCCGAAGAAACGACGGCAACGACGAACACCACCAGCACCGCCGGCAACACGACCAGCAGUUCCGCGACGGAAAACAUCCACUCGAUGACGGCUGACGAGCUGUGGCAGCAUUACGACGCGACGCGCGAAGAGAAGAAGGAGCUGCGCCGCACGAUCAAGGACUUUGAGCAGCAGUUCGAGGAGACGACCGGGCGCAAGAUGCUGAAAUCGGACCGCAAAUCGAUCGAGGACACGUACGCUCUCUACAAGCAGAAGAAGGCCAAGCUGCGGCUGAUCGAUGCGCUCUUUAAGAAGCAAAUGCAAGCCGUCUAGGAGCCGGGAGCGCCUGGGUGCUGCGGUCGUGCGGGAUUUGAACGAUGCCGGGCCGGUUUUGGUAUUAUUGUUUUGUAGUUUAUGCCGGCAAAAGAGCAUGUUGAUGUCGUAUGUUGAUUUUGAUGAUUACAACACGCUGUUGUCUUGCGCAGCUGCCGAUCCUCGCACGAGAAGAAGAACAACCCCUGUCGAAAACAGUCGGCAAACGAGAAAAAUAACGAACCGAACGCGUACCCAAAAGUGAAAACUUAAUCAAAAACACGAAUCUUUUCCGGCAAUCCGCCGACGAACGGGCUUUUUAAGGAUAUAUUACAUGCACGGUGGUGCGCGGUUGUUACAGCUCGUGCUUUUCGUUUUCGUUUUGCUGAUCGUUUCAGUUCUGUUGCUGCACUAUUAUCACUGUUCAUUAAUUGUAUCGCAAAGCAAAUGAGAAGCUAGAAUAUCGAAGAAGGCAUUGAAAAUGCGAAAUAGGUAGUAGGAUUACACAAACACAAAAACACAUACACACACACACACUGUUGGCAGGAAAGAAACUUUCUAAGCUCAACACACACACAUACACACUCACAUUAUAUACACAAGCAAACCGAUGGUUGGCAAACAAUUAGACUGCUGCUGUUGUUGGUUUUAAACACAAAUAUUAUGUUAUUUUCAUCGGUUCGUUAGUUUUUCGUAAGUUUGGAAUGAAUGUUUUGUUUGCGAGUUUAUUUUCUUUCUGUUUUCAUUUAUUUCGUUUCACGUGGUGUCUAUUAACUGUUAACUGAACUAUUAGAAAGACUAUUGCAUUGUUUUUAAGUAUUUUUACACAAAGCGCGGCGCCCUCUUCUAUAAUGGAGAGCUAGGCAAGGAAGGUGAGGACGAGUGAAUGUGCGCGCGCGCGUGUGUGUAUGUAUAUUUGAGUGUGAGUGCAGGAGAAAGAGAGAGAGAGAGAGAGAGAGAGAGAGAGAGAGAGAGAGAGAGAGAGAGAGAGAGAGAGAGAGAGAGAGAGAGAGAGAGAGA